UCUAGGACAGAGCAAUUCCCCAAAACAUUUCGACCUUGCCCAAGAUGGGGAAACAGACCAAAGCCACAAAGAAGUUCGAAAAGAGAAACCUCAAAGGCACCAUCGACCGGAGAAAAGAAUUUGCGAAAAUCAAACAGAGACAUCAGCAGAAGGAGAAAAAGAAGCAGAGGGCAGCCCAAAGAGCACAGAAUGUGGAAGACGAAGACAGUGCCGAGGAUGAAAAUACUGCCCAAGAUGGGCCUGACAUGAACGAGGACGAAUUUUUCCAAGAGACGUUGGAUAUUCCGGAAGAGAAGACGAGUUCUGAAUCAAAAGCUGGGAAGGGCAAACGCAAGAGAAACGACGUGGUUGGAAAUGCUGAAGCCUCGUCAUCAGCAGACGAAGACUCGGAUAACGAUGCGCUUGGACACAAAGAUCAACUCGCAUCUUUAGCAGAGAAAGAUCCCGAGUUCUACAGAUACCUACAGGAGAACGACGCCGAACUAUUAGAUUUUGAUGACAACGACGAUGACCUUACCGAAGUCGAUGAACUAAGUGAGGAGGAGCCGCCGACCAAAAAACAAAAGAAAACCGGUGCUGACGCUGGUGGCGACGAGACUACUCCAGACGAUGUCACCCUGGCCAUGGUCAAGAGAUGGAAGUCGUCCCUCGCCGAGCAGCAUUCCAUCAGGGCACUGCGGCAAGUCGUACUGGCAUUUCGUGCUGCCGCACACGCAGAUGAUGAGGAGGACAAAACUUACAAGUACAACAUCGCGAGCCCAGAAGUCUAUCACGAGGUAUUGAUGACAGCCCUCAAACAAGUGCCAGUGGUACUCUCACACCAUCUUCCUGUCAAGGAGUCUUCCGGGGGCAAAGUACGCGUGCCUACUGAUUCGCCUAAAUUCAAGACUCUAUUGCCCCUGGUCAAGUCUCAUGCAUCAUCACUACACUACCUACUUGGACGAUUAUCCGAUUCCAAGACUCUCAGACUGACGCUCCAAUCUUUCGAGCCAAUGCUACCAUACCUGCUCCAGAUACGGAAGUCCCUCAAGGUGAUCAUAAAGUCGGUUGCUUCUAUAUGGUCGGACAACUCUUCCGACGAGGCCACUCGUAUUACUGCGUUCUUGAUCAUUCGUCGACUAAUGGUCAUCGGUGAUGCUGGAAUUCGGGAAACCGUUUUGAAGUCGACGUACGAAGGUGUCGUAAAAGGCAGUCGAAAUACUACAGUCCAUACCCUUGCAGGUAUCAACCUAAUGAAAAAUUCGGCUGCAGAGAUAUGGGGCAUCGAUCAAAAGGUUAGUUACACCGCUGGCUUUACCUUCAUUCGACAGCUGGCGAUUCACCUCCGGGGGAACAUCACCAAACCAACCAAGGACUCUUACAAGACUAUCUACAACUGGCAAUUUGUCCACUCGUUAGACUUCUGGUCUCGCGUUCUGUCAACGCACUGCAACUCUUUGCUUGAGGCUCAAAACGGAAAACCCUCGCAGUUACGACCCUUGAUCUAUCCUCUCGUACAGGUCACUCUUGGUGUAAUGAGAUUGAUCCCGACUUCGACAUAUUUUCCACUUCGAUUUCAGCUGAUGCGCUCUUUACUCCGCAUCUCGCAGGCUACUGAAACCUACAUUCCCUUGUCGGCAGCUCUUCUGGAAGUCCUGAAUUCCGCUGAGAUGAAGAAGCCAGCAAAACCCGCGACUUUCAAGCCUUUGGACUUUGCCUCGAACAUCAGAGCACCGUCGUCUUAUUUGAAGACAAAGGUGUACCAAGAUGGAGUGGGCGAACAAGUGGUAGAAUUAUUUUCCGAAUUCUUCGUCUUGUGGGCGAAGAGCAUUGCCUACCCUGAACUUCAGCUGCCCGUCGUCGUAAUGCUAAAGCGCUGGUUGAAGACAGCUUCGACUCCAAGUGGGAACAAGAACGGCAAGCUUAAUCAGGCACUGCUCCUUCUGGUGCAAAAAUCGGAAGCCAACUCAAGGUGGAUUGAAGAGCGACGAAACAAGGUCAAUUUUUCGCCCAAAGAUCGGACUGAAGUUGAAGGAUUCCUCAAAGACGUUGAGUGGUCCGAUACUCCCCUUGGUGCUUUUGUGGUGUCACAAAGAAAGUUAAGGGAUGAACGCAAGAAGGUUCUAGAUCAGGGAAGGAAGGAACAGGAGAAACGUCGUACAGCUCAGCAAGAAGAUGAGGAGGACAUCGAUACCGUAUGAUGGUGAAAAUUGCUCAUUGUCCAUGGACGUGGUCUCGUUAGGAAGAGCCAUAGGACAACAGGAAGUAGUGUCAACGAGGAUCUUUGACAAGUGUUGUGAGUUUUAUUUCUGAGUUCUAGAAUGUUGUUCAAGGCUUAGGCG